UGCCAGAGGGACGAUAGAAGCCGUAGAGGACGCUGAGGAAACGCGCGGCUUGAGUAGGGGGGAGUUGGCACUCGAGAGAGUUUUGCGCUGCUGUUGGCGAGUGAGUGAGCGAGUGGCCUGCAAUUUGGCUAAUUCUUUCAUCGGACAGCCGCCUUCGUCAACUGGAAAACCUCAUCCCAACCUGUCGAAGAUGCCCACGCAUAAGGUUUCCAUCAUCGGCUCUGGAAAUUGGGGUUCUGCAAUAGCUCGCAUAAUUGGGCUCAACGUGCAGAAGUUUGACUUCUUCGACAACAAUGUUAGAAUGUACGUUUACGAGGAGAUCGUCGAUGGAAAGAAGCUGACGGAGAUUAUCAAUACCCAGCACGAGAACAUCAAGUACCUUCCAGGCUACAAGAUCCCUGAGAAUGUUGUUGCCGUUCCUGACAUAGUAGCAGCUUGUGAUGGCUCAGACAUUCUGGUCUUUGUCCUGCCGCACAAGUUCAUUGUUCCUACGUGCAAGCCUCUGAUUGGAAAGAUCAAGGCUGGCGCAAUUGGCUUGUCAUUGAUCAAAGGUUUCGACAUCGCACCUGGUGGCGGCAUUGAACUGAUAUCUAAUGUCAUCAAGAAGCUGCUCAGUAUCGACGUGUGUGUUCUCAUGGGAGCUAAUCUAGCCAAGGAAGUUGUUGACGAAAAGUUCUGCGAGACUACGAUCGGCUGCAAGGACCCCCACAACGGUCUUCUUCUGAAGAACCUCAUUCAGACUGAGUACUUUAGGGUCACGGUGGUGGAUGACAUUCCAACUAUUGAAAUCUGUGGUGCCCUCAAGAACAUUGUUGCCGUUGGGGCCGGCUUUGUCGACGGCCUGGGCUAUGGUGACAACACCAAGGCGGCAGUGAUUCGGCUAGGCCUUAAAGAGAUGAUUGCCUUUGCUGACUACUUCUACCCGGGCGCUAAGCUGAGCACGUUCUUCGAGAGCUGUGGCAUUGCCGACCUCGUCACGACCUGCUAUGGUGGCCGCAACCGCAGGGUGGCCGAGGCUUUCGUCACUUCCAACAAGACCAUUGAGGAGCUGGAAGCUGAGCUUCUUAACGGUCAGAAGCUCCAGGGGCCAGAAACAGCAGAGGAAGUUUAUGUUCUGCUCAAAAGUAAAGACAUGCUGGAUAGGUUUCCACUGUUCGUAGCCAUCCACCGAAUAUGCAAGCACGAAAUACCACCCAGCGAAAUGAUCCAAUGCAUCAAGAACCACCCCGAACACAUAAACCCAGACUUCGAGUUACCCAGCCACUUGUAGGCAGUCUCAAUUGGAGGUUGUGUUCAGCGGGACAGAAAAA